AUGGCUGGUGAGAGAUUUCUAAUGUGCAAUGUGAAAGGUAAGGGUAUUGUCAUGUUCACAGGAUGCAGUCAUAGAGGCGUCGUGAACGCUUCCAGAAAUGCCGUGUACUUACUAGGAGGUACUGUACCGCUGCAUGCGGUUCUUGGUGGGUAUCACCUAGCAGGAAGUCCUCAAAGUCAAGUCGAGGAAACGGUCCAGGACCUCAAGGCCCUCAACACAGAAGUGUCUUCCGGUCCAUUGUUCUGGGUGGAGGGUGAAGUAUGA